AUGAACGAUCCCGAAAUAAAAAGCCCCCGCGCCAAAAAAGGACCCCCAAAACCUUCCUUCUGCCUCUCCAUUUUCAACUCCCCGCCAUUCUACCUAACCCUCCUCCUCCUCUCCUUCUACGUCGGCUACUUCACCGCCACCUCCAACUCCUCCUCCUCCGCCCCCGCCACCACCACCAACAACUUCUCAUCCCAACUACAAACAACAACAACAACAACAGCCGCCACCGUGACGACCCUCCCUUCGGACUUCGACAACGAGAUCGACAACUUCCGCGUCGCGCCCAACUGCAUCGACCCCAUCCCCACCGACCUCAUCCGCGAAACCAUCCUCACGCGCGUCUACGGCGGCGCGUCCCCCUUCGACAACUUCCCCCCUCCCCACGUCGCCAACUCCCUCCGCCACCGCAGCCUCAAGGGCUGGGGAUCCAAGGGCGCCGUCUUCCGCCACCUCAUCGAAGAAGUCCGCCCCAAAAUCAUCAUCGAGGUCGGCACCUUCCUCGGCGCGUCGGCCGUCCACAUGGCCACCCUGACACGUCAGCUCGGCCUCGACGACACGCUCAUUCUGUGUAUCGAUGAUUUCCGCGGGUGGCCGGGGUUCAGGGAGCAGUUCCAGUUCAUCAAUCACAUCAAUGGUGACGUGAUGCUGUUGUAUCAGUUCAUGCAGAACGUGGUGUACAGUAACGUGACCGAUUCGGUCCUGCCGCUCCCGUUCUCGACCGGUUCGACCCUGUCCAGGUUGUGCCAGUGGGGGGUGACCGCGGAUCUGAUCGAGAUCGAUGCGGGUCACGAGUUUAACUCGGCUUGGUCCGAUAUUAACCGGGCGUUCCGGUUGUUGCGACCGGGUGGGGUUAUGUUUGGGCAUGAUUAUUUCCGGAUGGGGGAUAACCGUGGGGUGAGGCGGGCGGUUAAUUUGUUUGCUCAGAUUUAUGGGCUUAGGGUUCAGACUGAUGGCGAGCAUUGGGUGAUUCACACCUCCUGA